CCAUAACAUUAGAUUAAAUGUCCUAACUUCUAAUGUGUGGAGCUUAUCGUAAAAAUCUACAACAGCUUGCAAAUACAUGUAAUCGUCCUAAGGACUGUAAAAACCUUUACGUUUCAGCGCACGGCGAGAAAUUCUCAACAGAAGAACUUCAAGUUCACUGUAGAAUUUCCUUCGGGAGUUGAGAAAUUGAACUAAUGCUGACGAUACCCAUUUUUCACGGCUGGAGCUUUUUGUUCGUAUGUGACGUCACGGGCAUUGACUAAUCACCGAAAUGCGUUCAAACCAGGCAACUAAUCCGACAUGGGAAAUGGGAAUGACGGAUUUGUUUACGUUUCUCCAUCUACUUGACGAAACAAUAAAGCUGUACUGCAAGACUGAACUUCUUGUGGGUCAACCUUAUAUAGUUCAACUUCAACCAUGACGUAUACGGGUCAAUCAUCAAUGAUAUGCUUACAAGCUUCUGAGAUCUACAACCUCCAAAAACGGACAAGCCCCUUCACCAGACCAAGAGGUGCCGAAUACUCAGCAAAUCACAGCAGGGUAUACAUUUUAGCUAUUUGAAAUUCAGAACCAUAAUCUCUUAUUAGAUACGAAUUUUGGUGAAAAUGAAAGAAUUAGAUUACAGCAUUUCUAGCAGUCUAAUAUCCGAGUUGCUUGAAGUUAUUGUCCAUCAGAUCUUGUAUACAAGAGAACUUUACCCACGCAAUGCAUUUCAGCAAAAAAGAAAAUACAACAUUCCUGUUCAGAUGUGCCUCCAUCCUGGUGUUUGUGCUUACAUACAUGACAUUGUGGAGGGAGCAAAGCCUCUGCUCCAAACUGGUUCUUUGAAAGCCCUUCAGUUGGUUGUGACAGCUCCUGACAAUGGCAGGGCUUUGGAAAAGUUUGUUUUCAGACUGUCACAAAAUAGUAUCAUUCCAGCUGACUUACGGAAAGUUGAACUAUCUCAAUUGGAAGAAAGUUUCCGUGCCCUCUGUCUCAAGCUGAGCGUCAGUGACAACUUGCUGAAGCCACUUCCACCUCGGUGUUCAUAUAAGAUUCUUCUUCAGUUACCUAUGGAAUCCUUGGGAUCUCUCCACUCAAAACAGGUUUCAGAUGGUGCUGAACGAGCCUGGAUUGCUGCUGAGCCUACUGAUGACAUGAUUAAUGUGCCUAAAGUGGUACCUCUAAAAGACUUGUCCUGUGAACUAUGUUCCCUGCAGCUCUAUGUUGAACAAACGACUGAUGAUUAUGGCCAUGUUGCUAUAGCAGGUCCCAGCUGAUUGUUCUUGAGUAAUUCUUAUCAAAGUUUCUCAAGGUAUUCAUACAUAGCUUUCUAUCAUAUAUAGCUCUAUAAAAUAAAUGCCAAUAUUAACAUAAGUAGCAUGGGUCUCUGGAACACUGCACCUCUGAGAAAUCAUUAAUCAUUCCCUUGAAACAUCAAGUCUCUUGUCCUGAUUAAUUAAAAAUAAGAAAUUGUACUAUCUGCUGCCACCAGAAACACUUGAGUAAGAAAGGUACAUAAAAAUAUUUUUUGAUGAUCCAAUUCAUCAAACAUUAAAUGAAAAACAGUUUUACAUUCAAUGUUCAGUGAUGUUAUUUAUUAACACGUUUUUCUUAACUCAUCUUCGAGUUUGUUUGU